CCACUAGAUGGCGGUAUGCAAUUUAACUGUUGGUAAUGUUGAGCUGUCAAAGAAGGAAGAAGACGGAGAGGAGGAAGAAGAACUGGCCAUCAGCUGAUUUAGCUCUGACAAGAAAAUGGACACACGUUUCACUCGAGGGAAAUCCAACAUCCUUGAGCGCCCUCUGACCCGACCCAAGACUGAAGUCAGUCUGAGCGCCUUUGCGCUCCUGUUCUCCGAGAUGGUACAGUACUGUCAGAGCCGCGUGUACUCUGUGUCGGAGCUGCAGACACGCCUGGCAGACAUGGGCCAGAGCGUGGGAGCCAGCAUGCUGGAUGUGUUGGUGCUGAGGGAGAAGAACGGGAAGAGGGAGACCAAAGUGUUGAACAUGCUCCUCUUUGUCAAGGUUAAUGUGUGGAAGUCCUUGUUUGGAAAGGAAGCUGACAAGCUGGAGCAGGCCAACGAUGAUGACAAGACGUACUACAUCAUAGAGAAAGAGCCGCUUAUUAAUGCGUACAUCUCUGUGCCCAAGGAGAACAGCAGCUUGAACUGCGCCGCCUUCACCGCGGGCAUCGUGGAGGCCAUCCUCACACACAGUGGCUUUCCCGCAAAGGUCACUGCCCACUGGCACAAAGGCACCACGCUGAUGAUAAAGUUUAACGAGUCAGUUAUAGCCAGGGACAAGGCUUUGGAUGGCAGAUAAGAAAGACCGGAGGGGGGGAGUUGUUAUGUAAAUCUGUACAGGAUGAGGAGAAAUCAUGGAGGCCCAGGCUGGUGUUUGUAUCUGAAGUGUCUCCUUGUGGUAACUGAUGAGACAGGGUGACAUUAUAAAUGGAUCACUGUGCUGUACUGAGUCUCAUGAGCAGAAAAUAUGCACCUAGAUGGUUUUGUGGAUCAUCUCCUUCCUGUUUUGCCUCCUGAUGUGGUCUUAUUUUGUAGUUUUUCUUUUGUCACAUAUUUGCAACAGACAAAAGUUUAAAGCGUAAACACACUGCAUAAACUUUCAUGCCACAAUGGUCACCAGAAUGUAAAAAAAUUAAACAAAACAUUGGGGCUCUAUCUGACAGCCCUUUUACACCAUUUUUAAAAUAUUUGAUUAUUAUUGUUUUAGUCUACAAGCUCGCUACAGGAGGCCAACAAAGUAGAGUACCCCUGGUUAUGAUAAUAUUAAAUCAUAACCAACAAUGAAUCACCACAUGACUUGUUUUUAGGGACAAAAUAUUUUAAGGAGACAGGUCCAAGGUUUUCCCUGCAACCCUGAGCUGGAUAAGUGGGAUCAAGUGGAUGUAUGAGUCCAUGGUUUGUUUUCUAUUUCAUUCCAGCUCAGCCUCAGCUUUUGCUUUGUUUUUUAAAUGCAUUCAUAAUCUGCUACAUCUUCCAAAUCUAUACAUUUCUUGGGCCCAGAAGUUUUGCGGUGCUAAGCUGAGUUGUUUUUCUUUAAACAGCAUCUGUGGAAAAGAGGAAGUAGUUUAGUGUUAUUUAAAAUACAUUUCUGUAUUUAGUGUCUUGUCAUCGAGUCAUUAUGUAACACAAAGAUGUUUACAUGUUACAAAUAAAAACUGGAAGGUUGUGGUUGUUUUUGAUGACAUGGCUGCUUUUAAGCAAACAAAAGCUGCUUAGCUUAUCCUAACACAGACAUAUUUAAAACAUGCGCUGAAUAUUAUAAUUUAUAUUAUGUCCAGAGGACACAUUUGUUACACUGAGGGAAAUAAAUGUGGUCAUUUCCAGGUCUGAC